AUGGAAGCAAGGAGAAAAUCUACCUUGCACGUCAGCAGUGCCAAAAGAGAUAAAGUCACGGAUUUGUCUGCCCAUGUGGAGUUGGAGCGGCUCGAACAAGAAACUACAUUGGUGCUCCAAGAGAUAGACAGAAACCUCUCUCAAGCUAAUGCAGUGAUAUCAGAUAAGAUUCUUCCGGUGUUGACCAGCUACCACUCUGCUCUGAGCAACGUAUGGAAGAACGUCUCGUUUUGGAAGAAGUUUGUCGAGGACGCCUCGGAAACUAGAGUGUUCCCAGAGGAAUCUAACGUUGAGGGAGACUCUGCUCACCAGGGAGGCCAUACUGGAAAAUUGCAACUCACGGAAAGUUCGUCGGCAAAGAAAGAUGUCCUAAGUGAAUUGGACCUGCAACAGAACUCAACCUUGACAUCGGAGUUCCAGGUCGAGGCCUCAACGCCCCAGUUGAAGUCAAGACAUCUGCUUCAGUCAAGCACCUCACCGCAACGGUCGGCAUCAAGAAACUACCCUCGAGUGCUGAUAUCACCAAGAAAGCGAGGGUCGGGCGUGUUUGACUCCAAUGACGCUAGAAGAUCGUCAGUACUACAGAACUUCCUAAAUUCUUCUCCCACAUUGCCAGAGCCUCCAAAGCUAACAAGCGAAUUGAACCAUCACAAUGCUCCCUCAAGCUCAAGUGCUCCAAAACAAGGUCACUCUGAUCCCGAUUUAAAUGCUGGGGUCAGACCACAGGCGGCGCUCUUGCUGCCGGCAACUGUGACUCCCAACGCUCGUGAAGGUAUCCAAAGGUUUCCCCGAACGCCUACGUAUGGAUCUUCUGGAUUCAAAAGGGCCCCUAUUUCUCCGAUGAGAAAUAUUCCACCUCUACAAAGAAGCAACGAGGAUCUGGAUCAGGUAAUACCGCUUCCCAGGAUGUCUGCUCUCCCGCAAGAUGAUAGCGAUCAGGUUCCCAUUCCACGUCUACUAACGACGUCAGUCGGUGAAGCAAAGCUUCACUCGCCAGCUGCUGGUGAAGAGGGCUCAUCCAAACGCAGAAGAAUCGAAGAAGAUGAGUCUGAGAAUGUUUUUCUCGAUGCCAAUUACAAAGAUGAUACCAACAACAAUAGCCGAAGCCAUUCCAUCGUGUACAACACAAUUAGAGAACAAAAUCAACAAGUUGAGGAGAACAUUGAUCAAGAGGAGCACGACGAAGGCGGCGAGCAAAAGUCCAAGUCUGUAUCUCAAAUCUUCGAAGAUGUAUUGCAGCCUACAGCAGACAACAACAACGCAGACAAUGAUGAAGAGGAAAUGGAGCAAAAAGCCUCCAGAGGAGAGCACACCAUAACUCAAAACCUUUCAAGGAGCCUAGACCAAACUACGGACAGUGUGGCCAAUAGCUCUGAGUUGGGGUCCAUUCUUGGAGAGCGUUGGAAAGCCCUCUCCCGUACGUUGAAGAAGUCCGGUUGA